UUGACAAAAAGGUUAAUCCUUGUAUGUGAAUGUUUUCUGUUUGAUUGACCAAUUUGUCCAGUCAAGCUCGCAGUUCAAGAACGGGCUAGUUAACCAUGCAUUCGCAGCUGCACUCAGGGCACUCCUCCUUGUAUGUGUAUAUAGGUGAGGAUUCAACUAGGUCAGGGAUCUGCAGCUAGUGUGACCACCACCAUGUUGAAGAAUGAGCAGUAUUGGUUCCUUGUACAAGAAACUUACGCCACAGCCCGUAGUGGAUCACUCAAGAUGCUGACUGCAAAAGCAAGUGAGGCUAACGACGGGAAGCCACUACCGAUGUAUCAAAAAGCUCAAUGUGGUCUGACAGCUGGUGCAAUUGGUGCCUGUGUUGGUAGUCCAGCCGAUUUAGCGCUAAUCAGAAUGCAAGCUGAUAAUACUUUGCCUUUACCUCAGCGCAGGAACUAUACCAAUGCCUUCCAUGCUCUUUACCGUAUUAGCGCUGAUGAAUCGUAUUGUAAAUGUACAUUUACAGCACAUAAUCUACUUUUCACAGGAGUGUUGUCAUGCAUAACAGAGAUUUGAGUUUGACUUGAUCAAAUUUAAAAGUACUA